AUGGAGAAAUACAGUCGAUGGGCAGACUUGUCGACGGGUAUUAACCCGUUUGUGCCUCAGCAUCGGCGCUUUACAUCUGGAUGGCCGAUAACUAUUCUCCAGGUAACAUCUGGCUCUCUCUUAGCGCUGAUACGGUUCCCAUUGGUAUUUGUGUUCACCGUCGUGCUUGGUUUACUUAAUAUCGUGGUGUCCAUUUUGGCCGUCAUUCCGUUCCUGGGACGACUGCUAAAGCGCUCGAAUGAGUGGCUAUUGUGUUCUUUGCUGCUUCUUCUCUUUGGUGUAUAUACUAUGGAAGAAUCUGCUAAUACGCGUCGGUUGGGGCUUACUACGUUGAAAGCAAAGAGCUCCAAGGAAUCGUCUCGCGUCGGACGUGGUGACGUGGUAGUCUGUAAUUACACGAGCUUUUUGGAGAUUUUGUACCUGUCUAAACGCUUCUCGCCGGUCUUUGUGAUUGCUACAGAAGGAAAGAGUAAUGAUGAAAGCCGUGUGCACGUCUGUGGACUGAUGGAGGCGCUGUAUUGGUCUUUGGCGAUGCCUGUGAGUGCUAAACGAGUCAAGCCCACGAGAAAGCUUGCAGACGUCGUGCGUCGAGCUUCUGGACCUGUUGUGGUGUUACCAGAAGGAGCUCGUAGCAAUGGAAAAGCGGUAUUGAAGUUCGUCCCUGUGCUGCAGACCCUGCCGGUCAAAACCCGUGUGCAUCUUGUGGCGUUCCGCUACGAAUACAAGCGUUUUAGUCCGAGCCACACUAUUGGCGGUGCGUGGUCUCACCUCUUCUGGACUGCUUUCCAUCUCUACCAUACAAUGCGUGUGACGGUGUUGAAUGCGAAAGACUUGAAGCUGGAUGAACUGACUCCGGCCAAACUCUCGAGCAGUAAGAGCAGCAAAAAACAGGAAGACUCCAAGACGCUGUCCACGGAUCAGGUGGAAAAGCUUCGCUCGCUUCUGGCCGCUAUGCUACGCACCAAGACGGUUGAUUUGGGUCCGGAGGAUCUUUUGUCUUUCACGAAGUACUGGAAUCAUGUGAACAGUGGUGGACGGCACCCAGCGUCACAAUUUACGGACCGCAAGGCUCCUCACGAGCAUGCUCAGUGGGCCAAGAGAUAG